AUGGGGUACAUGACAGUGGAGUCUCACUCGCACACCCACGUCCACCUCAAGAGGCUGCCUGGCUUGCGGUCCUGGGCUCUGUUGGUCGACAGCUGGAUGUGGAAGCUCUUCUAUGUGUCUGGGUGCUGCUUUGUUGCUAUACAGAACCUGGAGGAGUGGGAGGAAGCCAUUUUUGAUAAAUGUAAAGGUCAAGUCAUUCUGAAGUCAUUUAACCUCUACACCAAAAUACUGACCAUGUGGAGGAAGGGACACGAGCAAGUGGUGGCCGAGCUGAAUCACCUGAGGGAUGUGAGUGUGGUGGAGGAGAGAGUGCACUACCUGGGGAAGGGCUACCUGGUGGUCUUGCGAUUUGCCACUGGAUUCUCCCACCCGCUCACUCAGAGUGCCACCCUUGGCGGGAGGAGCGAUGCAGACGCUAUCGCUGAGCUGCUGAAGCGCUUUCUUGGGCUGGAUAAAGUAGAACAGUGGAAGAACGUCUCUGAUUCGGAUAGCAGCGACAGUGACCAAAUCAAACUCGAUGAAAACUAA